UACAAAAAAAUAGAUAAAUACACUUUUAAUGCUUCUUAAUUAUUAGGUUAAGGCUCUUUUGGCAAAGUUUUUAAAGGAAAAAACAACGAGAAUAAUUAAUUAGUAGCAAUAAAAAUGAUCGAAAAAAAGACUAUAUAAAAUGACGAAUACUUGAUGAACGGUUUAUUUUCUGAAAUAAAAAUAAUGAAAAAACUAAAAAGCCCUAAUGUAGUAGAAUUAGUGGAUGUAUUAGAAACUUCAAACAAUUACUAUAUAAUAUAGGAAUUUUGUGAUGGAGGAGAUUUAAGAUAAAGUCUUAAAAAACAAAAAUCUUUUUCAGAACAGGAUGCAGUUAAUAUUUUAAAAGACCUUCUUACGGGCUUUAUUGAGUUAUUAAAAAAUGGGGUUAUACAUAGGGAUAUGAAACCGGAGAAUAUACUUGUUAAAGGAAAUACAUAUAAAUUAGCUGAUUUCGGAUUUUCAAAAACAGUAGAUAAUUUUUAAAGGCAAAUGCUUACUUCAUUAGUAGGUACACCUUUAUAUAUGUCACCUUAAAUAUUGAAAUAAGAAAAAUAUACUGCUAAAAGCGAUUUAUGGUCAAUUGGAUUUAUUUUUUAUGAAAUGCUUUAUGGAAAAACACCUUAUACAGCAAAUUCUUAAUAUUAAUUAGUAAAAAAUAUAGAAACUAAGCCUUUAGAAUUUCCUAAUGAAUUUAAUGUAUCUGAAUUAUCGAAAAACUUUAUAAGGAAAUGUUUAUAAAUAGAUGAAGUAGAUAGAAUCGAAUGGACAGAUGUAUACUAAAAUCCCUUAUUUUAGGACUAUUAUAUAUAAUUUACAAGCCAAAUAGGGCAAAUGAAAGAUAAAGCAAAAUACAUAAUAAAUGAAUUAAGAUAGACUAUAUAUAAAAACAAAAUUGAUUUAGUAACUUUAUUUUAAAAAUAUGAUUUUUCCAAAGAUUCGAAACUUGAAAUUAAUGAAUUUUCGAAAUUGAUGCAAAGUAUUGACAAGACUUUAGAAAGAAGCGAAAUCGAAUAUAUUUUUAAUAAAUUUGAUGAUGAUAAAGAUAAUACUAUUUCAUUUGAGGAAUUUACAAAAUGGCUUUCUAAUAAUUCAGUUAAUAUGACAGUAGUAUUACCUGAUAAAGACAAAAUACAAAGUGGAAAUAUAGCUUAAAGAGCUAAUUAUGCGAUUUAAAAAUUACAUUAUGCAAUUAUAAAAUACAAAAUUAAUUUAGAAUAGUUAUUUAGCAAAUAUGAUAAAUCUCAUGAUUAAGCCUUAUGCUUUACUGAAUUUUCUGUUUUGCUAAAAAGAGUAGAUCCGGAACUUAAUACUGAAGAAUUAAAUUUUGUUUUUACUAUUUUUGAUAAAAACGGAGAUAAAGAAAUCACAUUUGCGGAAUUUUAUGAAACUUUAUAACAAAUUUCGAAUAAAUCUUAUUCUUAUCCAUAAUAAAAUGACUAGUAUUUUUUUUUAUAUAUAUAUAUAUAUAUAUAUCUUAAAAAAAGUAACAAUUAUUAAUAAUAAAUUAAAAAUUAAACUUACAAUAAUUAAUAAGGAUAUUAAUAAUAUUAAUAAGGAUAAUAUAAUUCAUAUAAUACGCAUACGCCUUAAAAUAAUUAAAUAUAUUAUUAAUAAUAAGGUUAUAAUAGUUAAUAAUACAAUAAUAAAUAAAAUUGGUGA